AUGACAUUGCCAGAAGAAGUUACUAAAACUCUUGAGCUUUUUUACAUUGAGGAUGGAAUAUUGCAUGAAAUUAGUGAAAAAAUACAGGAUGAACUUGUUCAAGGUCUCGAAUUUGGUGCUUCGAAAUCAUCGAUUGCAAUGUUACCCUCUUUCGUCCCUGCUUUACCAGAUGGAAAUGAAGUAGGUAAAUAUAUUGCAAUUGACCUGAGUGGGAGGAACUUGCGUAUUAUGUUGCUAACGUUAAAAGGAAGCAAUCAGGAACCAGAACAGAUUAAUCAUAAUUAUGUUUUCCCAGCUUCUGUUAUGAAAGGAACUGGAGAUCAGCUAUUCACAUUCAUAGUCAACUGUCUGAUGAAAUUUCUCAACGAAGUGAAUCUACUGAAUGCUUCACUCCCAGUGGGUUUUGUUUUCUCCUACCCGUGUGAGCUACUUUCCAUACGCUCAGCGCGACUACUUUGGUGGACAAAAGACUUUGAUAUAAAGGACUGCCUACAAAAAGAUGUAGUCAAACUUCUGGAAGAAGCUCUCGAAUUAAACAUGCUAACAAAUGUGAAAAUUGAAGUGGUAAUGAAUGACACUGUAGGUCAGUUAGCUGCGACUGCUUACAAGUACGGUCCAGAAUGUAUCGUUGGUGUUGUCAUUGGAUACGGUUGUAAUUCAUCAUAUUUGGAAAAUACUGCAAGAAUCAAGAAAUUCAAUGCUGCUGCAUCUGGAUAUAAAUUUGACAAGAUGGUGGUUGUUACUGAAUGGGAAGAAUUUGGUGAAAAGGGUGAAUUAGCAUCUAUUUUAACGCAGUUCGAUCGCGAUAUUGAUGAAGCAUCGGUACAUAAAGGCAAACAAAUGAUUGAUAAGCUAACUGGAGCAUUAUACCUAGGCGAGUUAGCACGCCGUAUUCUCAUGCAGUUUGCAUUAGACGGUCAUUUAGAUGAGGAAGGGAGUUUUAAAAUUUGUCGACGGAUAUGCGAUGAACUUGACGCUCCUAGUCACUGUACAGCUGAUUAUGAGAUCAUCCACGAAGUCUGCCACGCGGUAUCUCAGAGAUCUGCUGCUAUUGUUGCUGCUGCGAUAGCAGCAUUAUUGCGUCACAUUGGUCAAAGUAGCAUAAAAAUAGGAGUAGGUGGUGCAUUGGUACAGUUUCAUCCAACCUAUCUCUCAUUGCUGGAGAACAAACUGCAUGAUUUGGCUCCUGUAAAUAUCAAGUGGGAGUUGGUACCAGCGGAUGAGGGUAGCGCUAAAGGUGCUGCUAUAGUUGCAGCAGUAGCUGAAAAAUUGGCACUUUGA